AUGGAUCUGAUCGAGUACACUCGUGACGAGGCCCUCGAUAUCUCUGCUUUUCCCUUCUCGGAAGAACGAGAGUUCGCCCAAUUGAUGGACCAGAAUGAUCCCCUGAAUCACUUUCGCGAAGGAUUUUUCAUUCCUAGCAAAACGAAUCUGGAAAGUAGCCACGGCCAAGCGACAAGUUUAUCGCAGGAGACAGAUCCCGGGAUUUAUCUUUGUGGGAAUCAAAUUGGUCUACAACCACGCCAAGCACCCCUGCUGAUUGAACAUCACUUGAGAACAUGGGCCACGCAGGGGAUGUACGGCUUGACCAAAAAGAUAGGCGAGUCUCCAUUGCCGACCUGGGGUGAGAUGGACCAAGCUGCAGCUCGGCUGAUGGCACCGAUUGUCGGAGCAAACCCACAUGAAGUGUCAGUGAUGGGGGGCCUCACGGCCAACUUGCAUAUUCUCUUGGCCAGCUUCUACCGGCCAGUUGGUGAGCGGUCCAAGGUGAUACUAGAGCGUGAUACAUUUUCUAGCGAUUAUUACGCCGUCCAAUCGCAGAUCCAGUGGCACGGGCUUGAAGUGGACAACAUGGUACUUAUCGAUCCCGUCUCUGGUGAUACAUUGGCUCUAUCAACCGCUGGGAUUCUUGCAGUGAUUGAUGAUCAUGCAUCCACGGCCGCCCUAAUUAUCCUAUCUGGCGUACAAUACCUUACUGGCCAGGUCCUGGACAUCAAAAGAAUCACAGCUCAUGCCCAUUCUAGAGACAUCAUGAUUGGGUGGGAUUUAGCUCAUGCGGUGGGUAAUGUCGAGCUCUAUUUACACAGUUGGAUGGUCGAUUUCGCCGUCUGGUGCAAUUACAAGUACAUGAACGCCGGCCCGGGAGCCAUUGCCAGCAUCUUCGUGCAUGAGAAGCACGGCGAAGUAGAUCAAACUAAGGGGAUGGAGGGAUAUCGCCCCCGGCUGGCAGGCUGGUGGGGCAAUGAAAUGAGUAGCCGGUUUGCCAUGCUGAACAACUUUGCCCCAUGCACUGGAGCUGCGGGAUACCAAUUAUCUAAUGCGUCGGUGCUAGAUACUGUUGCCCUUAUCGCAUCCUUGGAAGUCUUUAAUCAGACAGAUAUGGUCGCUAUCAGAAAGAAGUCCGUUCUACUGACAGGAUAUCUGGAUUUUCUGCUGGGUAACGUCGAUCCUCGCCCGUUCAAGGUCAUUACCAGUUCCAUCCCGGUGGAACGUGGCUGCCAAUUGACUUUACGCUUUGACGAUCAACACUUUCUGGAUCGAGUUGUGAUGCGCUUAAAAGCCAAGGGCUUCGUGGUGGCCCAAAAGCAACAAAUGAUGCGAGUGGCUCCCGUCCCCUUGUACAAUACCUUUACCGAGGUCUGGGCCUUUGUAGACGAGUUGCGCCGUGCUCUAGAAUCCUGCAGGAGUGCCUUUUAA